AAGCUAGCAAGGCCGGGCCCCCCCCAAAUCCAGCGCCCGGCAGCCCGGAGCGGCCGAGCUCGCGCACCCCAGCCUCCCUGCUCUACCUGCUGCAGCGAAGAGAAGGGAAGAUGAGCGAGUCGAGCUCAAAGUCCAGCCAGCCCUUGGCCUCCAAGCAGGAGAAGGACGGCACGGAGAAGCGAGGCCGGGGUAGGCCGCGCAAGCAGCCUCCGGUGAGUGCCGGGACGGCGCUGGUAGGGAGUCAGAAGGAACCCAGCGAAGUGCCAACACCUAAGAGACCUCGGGGCCGACCGAAGGGGAGCAAAAACAAGGGUGCCGGUGCUGCCAAGACGAGGAAAAUUAGCACUACUCCAGGGAGGAAACCGAGAGGCAGGCCCAAAAAGCUGGAGAAGGAGGAAGAGGAAGGCAUCUCGCAGGAAUCCUCAGAGGAGGAGCAGUGAAUGGUCACCCCGCAGCGCAGAUUCUUCUGGGACUGGACAGCUCCACGCCCAUCACCCCUGCCCCCCCCCCCAGGCCCUCGCGCCCCCUCCCAGCCUGCCCGCUCCUCAACACACACUACACAGCACACCAGCCGCCGGGGCCGCUGUUCCUUCGGUCUCGGUCCCCUGCGUCUCUCUGGCCCACACGACCCCAUGCCCUGUCCAGCGCCACUUAGCUGCACAUUCUGUACCCCCACCUCAGCCAGACGUCGUUCUUGGUUUGGGGGAGUCCUGCUCCCCGUCUUUCCCAUGCUUUCCUCUGGCUUCCCACUAAGGGACCUGGGUGGGCUCCCUUGGCCUUAAAAGGGGCCCAA